GGACUGAUAAGGUCCCCCACUACAAAUUCUACUCGUAUAAAAAUUUGCACAUGCUUAGAUAGUUAUACAACGUUGUAGACUUUUCAACACUCUACUUUUUCACUUGGGGUAAGUCUAACAAAGAAGACAUAAAUAAUGACACAAUGGGUUAGUUUUCCGUACGAUUUGAAGGGUAUUAUUAUUUGAAGGGGGUCUUUUUAUCUAUCAAAUUGAUGUAUCUAGUGUUUAUAUUGGGACCAUUGUAUUAUAUAACUAGUGUUUAAAUUAUUUAAAACAUUUAUUGCAUCUAGUGUUUAUAUUGGGACCAUUGUUUUAUAUAACUUGUGUUGAAAUUAUAUUAUAUACCAUCUAUUUACCAAAAGUUCAUCACGCGUUGUACUAGAUUUUUUUGACUAUAUAUACCUUGGUCCAGCAUAGGACAUUCUUCAGUUCUUCACUUAGUAGGGGUCUUCUCUAUUAUAUACUCUGGUUCAUUCACUCUAUAAAAAAAAAAAAAAAAAAAUUAAAAAAAAAACUCUUGUUAGUUUAACAACAAUAAUAAUGUUGUCCCUUGGUAUUACCAUCGUUGCAUUUCUCCUUGGCCUAAUGGCUUCAUGGAGAUCACUUAUGCAACUACUGAAGAAAAAAAUUACGAUUAUGCCCUUAUCAAAAUCAUUGAAUACACCAAAAUUACCUCCUAGCCCACCAAAAUUACCCAUCAUAGGACAUCUUCACUUAGUAGGGAGCCUCCCUCAUCGUAGCUUUCAAAACUUAGCCAAAAAAUAUGGACCUAUCAUGCACUUAAAGCUUGGCUCCAAGCACGUCAUUGUGAUCUCCUCGCCACAAAUGGCGGAGCGCCUUCUUAGGAAUCACGAUGUACUUUGUGCAAAGAGGCCUAUGUCCGAGGUUUCUCAUGACCUUUCAUAUAAUUCUAAGGGAAUCAUUUUCACACCAUAUAGUUCAUAUUGGAAAAAUGCAAGAAAAUUAUGUGUCAUGGAGCUUAUGAGUGCUUCAAAAAUUAAGUCAUUUGCAUGGUUGAGGGAGGAGGAAUUAGGUAAACUAAUGACUUCAUUGAAGGCUGCUUCGGCAGCUGAUCAAGCCGUAGAUAUUGGCGCUAGUGUUGGUGGUGUCCUCGAGGAGUUGAUAUAUAGAAUGUUGUAUGGAGCUCCCAAGAAUGAUUUGGCUCUUAGAGCUACUGUCCUUGAGGCUUUGAGACUGUCAGGAACCCUAAAUAUUGCUGACUUUUUGCCUUUCCUUGCACCAUUUGAUCCUCAGGGGCUAAAAAGACGCAUCAAAAAACUUAUGAAGAUUGUGGAUGAUGUCUUGGAGAAAAUCAUCUGCAACCAUGAAGAUGAAGCAAAAAAGGAGCAACGAACUCAUAGAGAUCUGGUAGAUGUAAUGUUGUCAUUGAUGAACAACAACGACAAUACAAAAGCAUCAUAUGACAUUCAAAGAGAUGGUAUAAAAGCCAUUUUAAUAGACCUAGUUGUGCCAGCAAUUGAUAGUGCUACCAACAUAGUUAAGUGGGCACUAGCAUCUCUAUUAAAGCAUCCAGAGAAAAUGAUAAAAUUGCAACAAGAGAUAGAAAGUGUUGUAGGAAAAAAUAAAAUGGUGGAGGAGAAAGAUGUGCCAAAUUUCAAAUACUUGGACGUAGUUAUUAAAGAAAUCUUUCGUCUAUAUCCAAUCAUUUUUGCUCCACAUGAAGCCAUGCAAGAAAUUACAUUCGAUGGGUAUUAUAUUCCUAAAGGCUCACAGAUUUUCUUAAAUGCAUGGGCGAUUGGUAGAGAUCCAACGAUAUGGUCAAAUAAUUAUGAAGAAUUUCACCCAGAAAGAUUUUUGGUUAACGAUGUUGAUAUAAUUAGUGGACAAGAUUUUUGCCUUGCACCCUUUGGAUUUGGUCGAAGGAGAUGUCCUGGUGCGCAACUUGGUCUACUAAAUGUUAAGCUAAUAUUGUCUACAUUGGUGCAUUCCUUUGAUUGGCACAUGCCUGAUAAAACUUCUUUCAACAAUUUAGUCAUGCAAGAGAAGUUUGGCCUUGUCAUGUCCAUGGAAAACAGCUUGGCACUUAUUCCUAAAUAUCGCCUCAAUGUUUAACUUGAGUCUUUAUUUAAAGCUUUAUUGGCACCUUUUUUUUUUUUUUUUUUUGAAAAAAGCUUUGAUAUUAGUUAUAUAAAAUUAGAUUUUAUUAUUAUUUUUUUUUUUUGCUCAAGAGCCCAAAUAUAGUGUUAGAUGUAUGUGUAAAUGUGUAAUGCUUUGUAAUAUAUAAGUAAUUCCUCCUUCUCAUAAUAUACUACGUAGUUUCAGUUUUCCUAUUUUGGAUAG